AUCUCAAUGGUUUAUUGACUGCAUAAGAUAUUCUGCGAAUCAAAGAAUACAGAGACUUCUGUAUUUUUUUGUUAAUGGUUGAUUAUUGUCCGAUAAAGAAAAGGAAAAUAACCAUAUUAUUAUUCCUAAGAAAAAUAAGUAGUGGCAAGCUAACCUGGCCAAUGGGCGUCGGGUGAAGAUAAUUGCUAGUAUUAAAUGAGCACGGCGUCCUAACCAAAUUCAACUGAUUGUUGUUAAACCUGUUAUUCUCAGUUAAUUUAGACGAUCAAGAUGCCGGAAAAUACAGACGAAGACAUGGGAAUGUCAGUGCGGUUGACAAAUGAUGACUUCCGAAAGCUUUUAAUGACGCCGAGGGCAUCCGUUCCAUCUGCCACUCCAGCAUCUGUACCAGGAACCGCUAGAGAUGCAGCUGCUAAGACUGCACAAACUCCAACAAUUAGUGGUGGUAGUAGAGCAGAAUUACGUCGCAAGAAAAAAAGCUUUUAUGCGAAGCUCAAAAAACAAGAAGAGGAUAAGAUGGCAGAAUUGGCAGAAAAAUAUAGGGACCGUGCUAGAGAGCGUAGAGAUGGAACUAAUCAAGAUUAUCAAGCUGAAGAUCCUAUGAAUAGCGCUAGUGCAUACCGUGCAGUUGCGCCUGAUUUAAAGUCAGGCAUGGACGCAGCUGAACGUAGAAGGCAAAUGAUUCAACAAUCUAAAUUCUUGGGAGGUGACAUGGAGCACACUCACUUAGUAAAGGGACUGGAUUAUGCACUUCUGCAAAAGGUUCGCAGUGAGAUCGAAGCUAAGGAACACGAACAGGAACAGGAAAUGGAGAAGCUAGUAAAACCAAAGGAAAAGGUCAAAGAAAAAAAAGAACCUGAGAAGAAAGAGGAUGAGAUGCAAUUCAAGACAAAGAUUGGCCGUAAUAUCCAUAAAACUAUCAUGAUUAUGAAGUCGAAGCAAAUCGAAAGGAACGAGCUUUUUACUCCAGGCCGCAUGGCUUACGUUAUUGAGUUAGAUGACGAGAAUGCAGAAGUAGACAUACCUACGACGUUAAUCAGAAGCAAGGCAGAUGUGCCAACUGUUGACACAACACCAACGUUAACGACAAAUGAUAUCGUAAUUAAUAAAUUAGCCCAAAUUCUAACGUAUUUGCGACAAGGCAGUAGGCAUGGAAAGAAGGGAAAGAAGAACAAAGAAGGACGUGCUAGAUUAGAAGAAAUGAAUGACAUGGACAUUCCUCCUAGACCGCAAGAUGACAGCAUCUAUGGCGAUAUAGGUGACUAUGUCCCGACAGUCAGCAAAAAGGACAACACCAAUCAUCAAAAGGAUAAGAAAAAGGGAUCCUACUUCGACAAACCUGACGAACCUCGUGCAGAUGUCGAAGACAAAUCCAAUGCUCCACAACUACCUAACGUUUCUGCAUUACCAUCGAAUAUAGAUAUAAAUGCUCCAAAGAAGGGAGCGCUGCUCAAUAAACUGGCAGCAGAACCCGAAGGUUAUGCUGAGUGCUACCCAGGACUGGAUGAGAUGCAAGACGCGAUUGAUGAUUCGGACGACGAAGUGGACUAUACCAAAAUGGAUCUAGGUAAUAAGAAGGGGCCGAUCGGUAGAUGGGACUUUGACACCCCCGAAGAGUACAGCGAAUACAUGAACAAUAAGGAGGCGCUGCCGAAGGCAGCGUUCCAGUAUGGUGUCAAAAUGGCAGAUGGUCGUAGAACAAGGAAGUAUAACAAAGAGAAGAACGAGAAGGCAGAAUUGGACCGUGAGUGGCAGAAGAUUCAGAAUAUAAUGAACAAAAGGAAACCAGUGACAGGUCUAGACGGUGGGCCAGAGUUUAAAGUCCCCAGGUAUUAAGGUGAUCCGUAGUAA